AUUUAUUUGAAUGUCUAACACAAAUAGAUCUUAAAGAAACUAAUUUCUUAUAGAUUUUUUAUCAGGAGGAUUAUCCGGUGCAAUAGCAAAGACAACAUGUGCUCCAAUAGAGAGAGUAAAAUUAUUAAUGUAAACCGCCAAUAUGAAUGUCAAACUUACGAAACCAUAUACUGGAAUAACAGAUUGUUUUUUAAGAUGUGUAAGAGAAGAUGGGGUUCUUUCUCUAUGGAGAGGAAAUGGAGUGAAUGUUUUAAGAUAUUUCCCAACUCAAGCUUUGAAUUUUUCAUUUAAAGAUUUCUUUGCAAAAUUGUUAAAAAAGAACAAUAAUUGUAUGAAUAUUGAUUAAUUAAUUUAGAGUAGCAUUCAUCUCAAUUAUUUUAUAAUAUUUUAUCAGGAGGAUUAGCAGGAACAUGCAGCACAUCAAUAGUUUAUCCAUUGGAUUUAGCAAGAACAAGAUUAGGGGUAGAUUUAGGUAGAACAAAAAGUGAAAGAUAAUUUCAAGGAUUAGUUGAUUGUUUAACAAAAGUAAAUUAUUUUUUUUCUAUAAUUAGAUUUAUAAAUCUGAUGGUAUAAGAGGAUGGUAUUAAGGAAUAGGUAUUUGCUUUGUAGGAAUAUUUAUUUAUAGAGGUUUAUAUUUUGGUAUAUAUGACACUGGAAGAGAUAUUUUUUUCAAGGGUAAUAAAUUAUGAAUAAUAAAAGAUGGUGAUGCAAAAUCUUUGAUUAUGAAAUUCUUUUAUGCCUAGUGUGUUGUGAUCUUUUCUGAAACUAUAAGGUAUUAUAUAAUAAAAUGUUUUAAGUUAUCCAACAGAUACUUUAAAAAGAAAAUUAAUGAUGUAAACAGCAGGAGUAACAAAAAAAUAUAAGAAUGCUUUUGAUUGUUUUAAUUAGAUUAUGAAAACAGAAGGAUUUAUGGGAUUGAUGAAAGGAAAUGCUUCAAAUAUGGCAAGAGCAAUAGGAAGUUCUCUUUGUUUGGUUUUAUAUGAUGAAAUGAAAAGAAUAACAACAACCAAUCAAUAGAGAUAGUGAUAAUGUAUAUAAUCAAAGAAUCCUAUUCAUUUUUUACCAUAAAAUAACAUCUAUCAUUCUUUUAUAUUAUUG